AUGAGUAACACAAGUGCGGGUGUCUGUGAAGCGAAGAUACGAUUUCGUCAUCUGAAACCAUUCCCGGUGAUCGAUGCGAAUAGUAAUUUUAAAAUUGCAACCGAACACUUUAUCGAAUCGUCCAAUCAAAUCAUCGAUGCAAUUGCAUGUUUCGGAAAGCUGUUCUCUCCCAUCGUUAAUGAUAUGCGCCAAAACUUGCAAAGUAUAGCGAACAAAUAUAGACAGAACAAAGCGUUGUUCAUGUACUUGGAGGAUUUAAUCCUAAAGGACAAGGAUGGUGGAACUCUUCCUUUCGAUGGGGUAACGAAUAGUUUGCUCUGGUUGAAAAGAGCCUUUGAAAUGAUGGAACAAUUCUUUACCAACAUGCUUGAAGACGAGACGUGUAGCGAACAGGUGAAGCCGCACCUUAGAAAGGCGUACGAGCAAUGUUUGAUGCCGUAUCAUCGAGUUCUGGGACAAACAGUGUUUCAGCUGCUGCAUUUAUAUUUACCAACGCGUUCAUCGCUACUUGGGACGGAUGCGGAUAAUUUGAAGGCACUUGAAGAAUUUUUAGUGCUGUUUCGUGCCAAUUUGGAUCAUCUUAAUGAAUUCUACACCGAGCAUGACUUGCACCGAAAUGAUAAAGCGUAAAAAUUUAGUUUGGACACGCAAGACUAUAUAAUUCAAGUGUAAAGUCGGCUUUAGACAAACGUUACGAAAGAUACGAUCGAUGCGAUCCCCAAGGAACAUACACUUAGUACAGCUACUUCAAUUUACUUCUUUCUUCCCGGUUCGCCUACCGAUAUAUUGCCAGCGUUGUAUUUGAAAUUGUUUCCUGCGAAAUGCGGACAGUUUCCGCAUUGCCGGUAUGCCAACGAUGAUCUGCAGCACGAGCAUCGCGAUCGUGAUGGACUGUACGACCGUUGCCACCGUAUGAUGAAUAGUGUGCGUGGCCAGUAAUAGGUAAAUCUGCAGUGGCAGUUGAAUCAGUAACGACAGUAUAAGGAAUCCGGCAAAAUUCGGUAUCUAAAACAAUGAGCAAAAUGAAAUGAUUAAUCAGACACUCUCAAAAACACACUCAGUAGGCGAUUGUACUGCACUCAUCAGAUUUCCCGUGUGGCCAAGGUACAGCCGGAUAACUUCCAGUGGUAUAGCAACUACUAGUGAAAGGAUAGACAGAAUUUUCUCUAUACCGCUAAUGGUAGCAAACUGCAGUGUUUGUGUUGUAUAUGUGUGAGAUGAGAAUAAAAUAAUCCAUAGAUA